CUGUCAAUGUUGACGCUAAUUUUCUGGUCGACCUAUUGUUCAGAAUUGCGAAAUCAAUUAUUAUAUUCAGUGAUGGUUCAGUCCUUAAAUGUAUUUUUUCAAUAAAAGAAUACCUAGUGCAAUAAUAAUAAAUCUACGUUAUAUUCAAAACAUAUUCUUAUUACCUACAUGAAGUUUGAAUAGAUUAUAAAAUCAAGGAUUAAAACGCUUACUGAUAAAAAUACAUAGAUUACUUGCAAGAUUACUUGUAAUAAGUGUAGAUAAUUAAUGCGUUAUUCACAAUUAUCUCAGUAUCUUGUAGUGUGUGUACGUGGAAUAUCGCAAAAUAUAAUGCAAACUAAAAGACAAGUUCUGUUACUCUCUUCAUCAAAUUGCCAUGGAUAUUCUUUAUUGGAGUUUGCGAGAGACGAGAUAUGCAAUUUCUUAAAAACGAACAAUGUUGAGGAAUUAAUAUUUGUACCAUAUGCACAAAACGAUUUUGACGGCUAUACAAAUAAAAUCAAAGAGGUCAUUAACCCAUGGGGAUUUUCUGUGAAAGGGUUGCAUACAUAUGGAGACCCAAUAGAUGCAAUAAAAACUGCGAAAGGUAUAUUUAUAGGUGGAGGAAAUACUUUUCUUUUACUAAGCAGAUUAUAUGAAAAAAAAUUAGUACAGUUAAUUAAAGAAAGGGUAGACGAUGGAAGCUUGGUCUAUAUGGGAAGUAGUGCAGGAACAAAUGUAGCAACAAAAAGUAUUCAUACUACAAAUGACAUGCCAAUUAUUUAUCCUCCCAGCUUUGAUGGUAUUGGUCUUGUUCCAUUCAAUAUAAAUCCUCAUUAUAUUGAUAAAGUUGAGAGUGAAACCCACAAAGGAGAGACCAGAGACCAAAGAAUAAGUGAAUAUAUGGAAAUGGACCAUGCUAAUUCAGUACUAGGAUUGAGAGAGGGUUCAAUUCUGUUUGUCAAUGGGAACUCUCUUAUCUUAAAAGGAGUGGCUAGUGCUGUUGUGUUUAAAAAGAAUGAAAAGAAAAUCGAGUAUGAUGUUGGCACAGACGUGUCGUUUUUAUUAGAAAAAAAUUAAACUAUAAUUCUAACGUGCAUAGUGUCAUAUGCAGAAUGCCAGCUGCAAUCUAUCAUAAUUCCUAAGAAUAUAUUUUAUUAUUAUUUAUAAAAGUAAAUUAUUGCAAUGAA